UGUACAAACUGUGGCACGACAACUACACCAUUAUGGCGUCGCAAUCCAGCUGGACAACCACUAUGUAACGCAUGUGGCUUGUUUUUGAAACUUCAUGGUGUUGUCCGGCCUCUCAGUCUCAAGACUGAUAUUAUUAAGAAACGCAAUCGA